UACAACCAUAUACACUCCGCCUAAUAUAACACCACUCCGCCUCGGUACCAAGGAAUCACCCAAAGAACCAUCUGGCACCUGACCAACUAGCAUAUAACAUCACAGCAUUUACAAUGGAAGGCUCAUAUCACAUGCACCCAAUGCAGGCAACAUCAGCACCAUUCUUCUACUACAACCCGGACCCUCAGGGCGAGAGGACCAGCCAGCACGGACACUUCACACCACAGCCCGCCGGCCAGCAGACACUCCAGCCACAGAUGUACUACCAGAGGCCUUCGUCCGCACACUCGAUGUCUUACCCUCAUACCGCAUACGCCAACCAGAUGAUAACACCCGUAGCAUCGCCUCAGCCAAUGUACCAGAAGCCAGCAAUCUUUGUCCUGCCUCAGGAAUCCCCAUUCCUGCAGACACUUGACACUGACUUCUAUGCGCCUGCCACACCACCACUGUCAUCCUGCGGUAGCAACAUGAGCAGCCCUCCUUCCACAUACAACCUCCUUCCCACACCAGUGAACGCUUUCUUCCCGGGCGAGGGCAUCGAGGGUAUCAAGCAAGGCUGCGAGGGAGAGGUUUUCACCGAGCUCUUGUCCACUGGCAUCGAGUGGAGGUCAGCCACCCCACCUAUGACCCCAGUGUACAUUCAGCCCACUCAGGGAUCAUAUUUGCUCUCCGCCACUUCUUGCCCAUCGCUGUCUCCUUCACCUUCACCUCUGCCCCGCUCUUUCUCCGUCGAGGCUGAGAACAACUUCUGCAAUCCCAGGGACCUCACUGUCUCUGCUUCCGAGCAGCUGACUCUCUGCCCUGUUGACGAAGAGCACAAGCUUGUUUUCAAGGGUGAAGUCGCCAAGGUCGACGAGGUCGAGUCCACCUUUACCUCCACGGGUCUGCCAACCUUCGAGCCGCUGUUCGAACUUGACUGCGAGGACGACUUCACUGGCCUUGUUGCGUUCCCCAACUCGGAGAUUCAGCUUCCCGUCGGCAAGCGCCAGCGCACAGUCCCUUGCACCCCUGAAGACGACUUCGUCAGCGACGCCAGCUUCACUGACUUUGAGGAAGACCUCAGCCUGCCCCUCACACCUGCUGAGUCCGAGGACGACGACAUGUCCGUUGCACCCAAGAAGCGAUCGAUGAAAAGGGCGCGCUCUGAGCAGAGCGAGGCGGAGUCAGACUACUCUGGUCAAGACAACGCCGCCAACUCUAGCUCUGAGGAGACAGCCUCCGCUGCCCCCGCCGCCCCUUCCAGCCGUCGCGGUCGCAAGCAGUCGCUGACUGAGGACCCUUCCAAGACAUUCGUCUGCACACUCUGCUCGCGCCGCUUCCGUCGCCAGGAACACCUCAAGCGCCACUACCGAUCCCUCCACACCCACGACAAGCCCUUCGAGUGCACCGACUGCGGCAAGAAGUUCUCUCGCAGCGACAACCUCUCGCAGCAUCAGCGCACCCACGGCACUGGCGCUAUGGUCAUGGGUGUCCUCGACAGCUCUGAGCUCCACCACGACAUGUCUCAUCGGCAUUCUGGAUCGUACGAGAAUCAGGAUCCUACCAUGAUGGGCCAGAUCCUCUACAACGCUGCUGCCGGCAUCUCCAGUGCGAGCUCCGACUCUUACUCUGACCUCGAGCCCUCGCCACUGAAGAUGCGCAGCAAGAGGAAGCGCGAUGAGUAGAUGGUUGUCCGACGUCUUCUCCCUUGGACUCUUCUAACGAACCUUCAUGACCCAGGAUCGAUAGAAGGACUUGCUCAAUACUGGCGACUCGGGUGCAUUGGCUCGACGUUGCGGCAAAAAUUCGUCUUCUCUUCUCACCUGUAUUCUUUCACCACACUUUGGCAGCUCACGAGUUUGCCUCCAUC